AUGACUGCUCUGCCUCCCAACGUCAGUGUACCCGGGAGUACAGCUGUUCUGCUGCCGGCUGCAGACUCUCUGUUUAACCUGACUGCAGCUGCUCAGGCAGGACUUGGUUCAAGCCAGUCUCUGGCCCCUCUCUGUACCCUCUGCUGCUGUGGAUUUCUCAAUCGCACCUUGGCAGUGGUGUUCAUGGUCAGCUUGGCUUUUGCCAUUGUAGUUGGAAAUGUGGUUACCCUGACUGUCUUUGUGCAAACGAGGCAGUCCCGAACACCACAGGGAUACCUGAAAGUGUCUCUGGCCAUAGCAGACAUGAUGGUCGGUGUCCUCGUGGUCCCUUUCUCUGUCUACACUGAGAUCUCGCUGAUGGUAACCAGCGCUCCCCCCAUUUGGUACCAAGGUAGUUCCACUUCCCUGGCCACCUCCUCUUCUCUCGGGGAACUUGUGAGCCCUUGGCAGCCCUGCAUGCUGAUUGGCCCAGUGUUUGCUGGAUGCACCUUUGUCUCCAUCAGCACCAUCUUCCUCAUGACACUGGAGCGAAGUGUGGCCAUCCUACGGCCACUCCACAAGGACGCCUUGGUGACCCGGAGACGAACUCUGCUCCUCAUCCUGCUUUCCUGGGCUGCCAGCUUCCUGCUGGCUCUUGCACCCCUCAUCUUCAGCGGCAACUUCACUUUGGAGUACAAUGAGUGCAGUCGUAUGUGCAACUACACCCCACUAUUGUUUGGAAGCCAGCUGCCACCUGAUGCCAACAUUUUGCUCUUAUUCCCAGCCUUUGACUUCACACUGCUGGGUGGCACAUUAGCAGUUAACAUUGUGUCUUUCACUAGCAUCAGACGGUACACCCGAAAACGCAAACUGCUCUCAGAGGGGAGUCUGACUGAUGGAGGGGGAGGAGGAGGAGGAGGGUGUCCUCACAGGCCCUCCUUUUCAGACAUCAAAGCUGCCAAGACCAUUGGCAUACUAACAUUUGCCUUCACAGCAUCUUUCUCUCCCAUCGCAGUGUUUGUGCUCGGGAAUGUGGUGGGAUACACCUGGUGUAACUUUUCCUUUUUUGCCUUCUGGAUCCUGACAGGAAACAGUUGCUGUAAUGUAAUUAUCUACAGUGUCAGGGACCACCGCUUCAGGAAAGGUGUGACCCUGCUUUUUCAGCGAGACCAGUCACCCCCACAUGGCGAGAAGACCUGA